AACAUUCACUUUGAAGAUGUCACAAGAAAGAAACCUUCAUGAUACCUUUCAAGUGAGUGUUUAUCCCCUCAAGUGAGUGUUUAUCUAUAGGGGCUGAGUACUCCAUGCAAUAUAGGCCCUUCAACUUUGUAGGGAGAAAUCCAAAAAGCAAGUGCAAAACAAUAGCAUUAGAACUGUGUCUAAGCACCCCCAACACACUAUUUAUUGAAGAUAUAAUAUUGUUAAGCCUAUGAUGGUAAUUUUUCAAGAAAGAGAGAGGGUUGUGUGGGCUACAAAUGUACACUCUUGUCUAUGGUUACAACUAUCAAAUAUUUGUGUAAUAUAAACGUUGUUUAUUUUGUUGAUUACUCGAGUACUUUUGCGUUUUUAAACAACAAUAUCAAUAUUAUUCCUGUCAAAAAAAAAAGAAAUUGUUUUGCCUAGAGAAAUGUUUGGGUUUUUUGCGGUGAGGGGGGGGGGGCCCUUGACACAUGCAGGCCCAGGGGCCCAUGGUUUCUUAAUCAGUCCAUGGAUUAAGGAAAUGGGGUACAAUUGAACAUAUAUUCCAAAGCAUUAGAUAACAUACAGGAAUGUGAAUGGGUGAUAGGUCAUAAUCAUAAGAGAUAUAGAAAAGAUAUAAUGAUCUAGUGUAAGUCAGCUUGCUCUCACUGAAAAGGUUUAUCAGUCACCCACAGAACAGUCCAUCCUUCAUCAUUCUCUUCCUCUGACAGGUAUCUGAAGGCAAAUCUGUCCCCUUGUGGAAUAUUUUUGCACACAUAUGAGGAUGCAGCUGGUUGUCAUGGCAGUACUGCUUGUUCUGGUGAAGGCCGAAUCCAACUGUGGGUCUGGCUGCCAACUAACUAACAUCUCCAUCACCUUGGAAAAAACAGAAUGUGGGAGCCACCCUGUUACAAUCGAAACCACCUCCUGCGCCGGCAUGUGUGAAACCAAGGACUGGAACUAUUUUAGCCCUUUGGUCCAGGUACCUCAGGCCACCUGCAACUUCAAAGAAUGGUCCGACGGGACUUACUACAUCCAAGACUGCCCCUUUGGGGUGGACCCAGUUUUAACGUACCCUGUGGCCAAGAGCUGUGCAUGUACAACGUGUUCCAUUGCUAGCACGGAGUGUGAUCCCAUGCACAGGGACAUGGCAAGUUGCCUGUCUGUAUUCUGAAGAGCAAAUCGCUUGAUGAGCAUUACCAUAAAUAUACAGUACAGCCACUAUUUGCCAUGCCAGAAAAAUACAUUGUGUCCUCUGAUGCUUGAAACUUGAAAAUAAAAAAGAUUAUCAGCCAUGAGUUGCAUGUAUCACCUUUACCUCAAUGUCCUACACAGUCUGCAAAAAUAUGAACCAAAUCUGCUGAUCAAAUAACUUACUAAAAAUGACAAAGUGACAUAUGUCCUUUAUGAAAUAGUAUAGCAUUUUGUGACCUCACUGGCCUUACCCCUUUCCCAGUUCCAAUUAUUCUAUACAAUGCAGCAGUCUCAUUACUUUAGUGUUUUUGUUUUCCCAUAGUAUUUCAGAUGCCAAAUUGAUUCCACCAGUCGCAUGCUUUAAAAACCUAGCUCAUACUCAAAAAGGCAAGUAAAGAAAGCUCAGAUAUACAGUAGGUGGGUCUUGGCAAUGCCUUUGUUUGUGCUAGUGUGAUGAACUGCUGUGUCAUGCUGCCCCAUGCUGCCCACAAUGCCGUAGGGGUGUACA